AUGCAGUACACCAAGGCCAAGUCCUGGCAAAAUGCAACGGGAAGUGGCACCAUGGAUAAUUGUGACACUACCAAAAACGCGAUCGUAAGGAUGUGUCCCCGGUACGAUGACUUAGAAGACAUUUUUGGCUAUAGGGAGCUCACUUCAAACUGCCUUGUAUUGGAUACCGAGGACAUUGCAUGUACUGGUUCACCAGAAAAUGCCACGUCCUCUGAUAUAACCGUCGAGGAAAUCGUGGCAUUACCCGAGCCUCUGGUCACCCCUUCUACGUCAAAGGCUGUCCGAAAGGGUAUAUAUUCGCGUACAGCCCUAUCAGACGUUCUCGAUGUACACUCCAGCUUAUUGGAUGCAAAAAAAGACAGAAUCGAGAAGGAAUUUAAGAUGAGGGAAAAUGAAUUAGUGCUAAAAGAGCAACAAUUUUUGUUUGAUAAAGAAAAAUUUGAAAAAGAGUUGGUAGAAAAAAAAGCAGACAGGGAAAUUCAAGUUUUGGAAAUUCAAAUGAGGGAGAGAAUAGCUAUGAAAGAACUGGAAAUGAAGGAAAGAAUUGAAAUGGAAAAAAUGAAAAUAAUGCAAUAA